GAUCGACCCAUGAAGGGACUGACUUGCACACGUGUCUUUGCCAUGACUUCACCUUUGCGUCUUCGCUCCAGAAGGCGACAACCAGGACGUCCGCACUCAGUUCUCGCCACCGUCCUGCUACGCAUAGCCGCCCAACGUUUUACCUGUCAUGUCAAAGUAUCAGCAAGCUGAGCAGUUCAUGCGCGCCCUCGUCGCACGCACGGGUCUCGAGCCGCCGUCCGCCACGCCUCGCCGCUACCUCUGGACGGACGCGUUCGCCGUCUGCAACCUCAUCACACUGCACCAACAAGGUCGAGGAGAGAACGGGGAAUAUCUGACACUCGCUCGCAAGCUCGUCGAUCAAGUGCACCAUACACUAGGAAGACACCGUCCGGACGAUGCUCGGAGGGGAUGGCUUAGCGGGCUAUCCGAAGAGGAGGGCGCGGCGCAUCCUACGCGCGGGGGUAUGCGUAUCGGCAAGCCUCUCUCUGAGCGUCAGGCAGGCGAGCCGCCCGAUCGCGAGCUCGAGUGGGACCAAGACGGUCAAUACUUCCACUACCUGACCAAAUGGAUGCAUGCGCUCGCAUCCAUGGCCCGCGCGACGGGUGAAACUCAAUACCUCGUCUGGGCCAUCGAGCUCGCAAAGGCCGUUCACCCGCGCUUCACGCACUCCGGGGGUACGCGCAUGUACUGGAAGAUGAGCGUCGAUCUUUCCAGACCACUUGUCUCGUCGACGGGUCAGCACGAUGCGCUGGACGCUCUCGUCACGUAUUCGGCUCUCCGCGUCGCGGCUCGAGAGGCCGCACUGGCCGAUCCCGCGCUCGAUCUCAGUCCGGAGCUGGCGGAUGCAGCAAGGAUGUGCGCCAAAGGUGUGUCGGCGACCGAGGACUCGCUAGGGAUCGGUGGGCUUCUGCUCGACGCAUCGCGCCUUGCGCAGCUGGUCGCUCGUGGAGACGCAGAGUCUGAGCCGACGCUGCUGGCGCCAGCCUGGGCUUCUACGACGUGGAUGAGCUGUCGUGCCCGGCCCGUGCGCGCCUGGCGUUCCGCGAACUGGGAAUGGCGACGGGGCUGCACGCUGUCGGGCUGAUAGGUCGGCAGGUAGACGGGAUUGGUCAGACGACAUUCAAGAACCGGGAGCGUUUGUUACAAGAGGGGGAGAAGCUGAAGUCGUACGAGCAUCUGGCCAACCGCAUCGAGGCGUUCUGGAUGAAGGAAGAGAAUAGGAUGGCAAAGAGCUGGACCGGGCAUGAAAACAUCAAUGCGGUCAUGUUGGCGACAACGUUGGCGCCAGAUGCAUUCCUAGAGGUGUAGUUCGGGAAAAUGGAAUAUUGUCGCUGAUACAUGCCAGAGCUCAGCCGGCCAUAGUCCGCGUCUCGCAAGCACAGGCGGGGAUUGCAUGCAGGCUCGAGCUCGUCGCGCACAAGGAGGUGC